AUGAAUAAACGUUCAUGCGAAAAAAUGAAUUUAUCGGAUUAUGAACUACAGCUAGCUAAAGCUAAGAGUGUGAUAUCUAGGCUUGAAGAAAUGGAAAUUGAUUUUUAUGGAGAGUUCAAAAAGACUAAAUAUAGACAUUUAUAA